AUGUUAAAUAAAAAAUAUCUUUUAACCAUUUCUAGUAUUAUACUAACAAGUUCAUUUCUUCUUUAUAAACUUUAUGAUUAUUUUAAUGAAGAAAAUAAACUAAAUAAAUUUAAUCAAAUUUCAAUUGACAAAAUUAUAAUUUAUCCAGUUAAAGCAUGUAAAGGAAUUGAAGUUAAAAAAUGUAAAUUAACUGAAUAUGGAUUUGAAAAUGAUAGAAGAUGGAUGGUAAUUAAGGAUAAUAGAUAUGUAGGACAAAAGCCAUAUCCAGUAUUAUCAACAGUAAAAACAGAAUUUUCCGAGGAUGGAUUGUUUUUAAUAAUUUCUAAAGCAGGUAUAAAAAAACAAUUAAAAAUUUCAACGAAACCAUUGAGUUCGAGUGAAAUGAAUCCGGAAUUAAUCUAUUCAAACAUUUCCACACUUGAUAAUAUUUCACAAUGUUAUGAUCAAGGUGAUGAAGCUGCACAAUGGUUUUCAAAUAUUAUGAAUGAUUCAAGUGGUACUAUCAGAUUCGUUCAAAUGUGUCCACCUGAUUUAUGGAAAAGAAAUAUUAGAAAACAUAUUGGUGAUAAUUUAAAAACCAACUCAACCAAUCAAGAUAAUGAAAAAGAGUAUAAAAACUCUUUAUCAAAUUCAUGUCAAAUUAUGUUUUUAUCAAAAAGUUCAAUUGAUGAUUUAAAUAAAAGAGUUGAAAAAAAUAGAAUUGAAAAUGGUGAGUCUAUAAAAGAUAAACCAUCACUAAAGUAUGAUCGUUUUAGACCAAAUUUAAUAAUCAAUGGGACAACUCCAUUUCAAGAGGAUCAUUGGAAGUCAAUUGAAAUUGAGAAUAAAUCAGAAACGACCACUACUACUAUCGAAUUGAAAAUAGCCGAUGGUAAUGCUCGUUGUCCUGUCGUUACUAUUGAUCAAGAUAUGGGUGUACUUGAUCCUUACAACGAUGAUGAACCAUUGAGAACUUUAAAAACUUUUAGAAAAGUUGAUUGUGUUAUUGGUCAAAAAGUUUUAUUUGGUACCUAUGCUGUAACUAAUCCAAAGGAUCUUGGAAAAUUCAUUUAUGUUGGUGAUAAAAUAAAUAUUUUACAAGUUGGUUUUAGUUCUAAUUUUUAUUCAAAAAUUCCAAAAUAG